AUGGCCAACAUGCUCAAGGGCCUGUGGCCUGCGGGUCCUGCCGAUCAGACCACGCCAAAGGCUAGCAGCUCUGGCGGCGCAGAGCGCAACCCCUUUGACGCUCUGGCGCCUCCCUCUCAGCCGGCGUCGAUGCAUCGAUCGCCGUCCAAGUCCUCGCUCCACAGCCGCAAUGAGAGCAACAACUCGCUUCACAACUCGGGUGACCUCACCCCUGGCGGCUUCCGCACGCCGGGCGGCGUCACAUCCCACGCCAGCAUCCCAACCACCUCGCUCUCGACGACAGACCCGGACUUCACGAUGAAGCUGCCGCCGCCAAAGAACAAGACGUCUAUGGCCGCUCCGGGACCCACUCCGCUCUCUGGCACCGCCACGCCGCCGUCCUCAUCGAGCAGCGGCAGCAGCAGCACCACGACGCGGAACACGGCUGCGCCUCGAGGGCACCUAACCAUCAAGGUCGUGGCGGGACGCAACCUGGCCACCAGCUCGCCCGAGGCGCGCCCGUACGCGGUGGUCUCGUUCGACAAGAACGAGUUUAUCGGCCGCGAACCUAUCGACGAGUCGGGCGAGGCGGCCAAGGGCGUAGCCGUGCCACGGACCGAGGCGGGCGAGAGCGGCCGCACGCGGGCAAAGACAGUCACGCCGGCCGACGCCCUGUCGCGGACGGGGCAAAACCACAACCCGGUUUGGAAGCACGAGGUGACCUUUGACGUCACACAGGAGCAGCAGCCCAUCUAUAUCAGCGUCUACGACCGCCACGCCGAGGACGAGGGCUUCCUGGGCAUGCGCGAGAUCCGGGCGCGCUUUGUCCACAAGAUGAUGAGCGACCAGUGGUACCAGCUCGUGGCGCGCGAGGACGAGGACGGCGUCGAGCACUACCGCGGCGAGGUCCGCAUCCAGAUCUCCUACGAGAAGCUCGCCGCCAAGAAGCUGACGCCCAACGACUUCGAGUACCUCAAACUCAUCGGAAAGGGCACCUUUGGCCGCGUCUUCCAGGUGCGCAAGAAGGACACCCGUCGCAUCUACGCGAUGAAGGUGCUCUCGAAGCGCGAGAUUGCGCAGAAGAAGGAGGUCACCCACACCAUGGGCGAGCGCAAGAUUCUGGAAAAGUCGCUCGACUGCCCCUUCCUGGUGGGCCUCAAGUUCUCGUUCCAGAGCGCCACCGAGCUCUACUUUGUCACCGACUACAAGUCCGGCGGCGAGCUCUUCUGGCACCUGCAACGCGAGGGGCGGUUCACCGAGGAGCGGGCGCGCUUCUACAUCGCCGAGCUGGUCCUGGCGCUCGAGCACCUGCACAAGUACAACAUCGUCUACCGCGACCUCAAGCCUGAAAACAUCUUGCUCGACGCCACCGGGCACGUGGCCUUGUGCGACUUUGGACUCAGCAAGCCUGACCUCGGCGCGGGGCAGCUGACCAACACGUUCUGCGGCACGACCGAAUAUCUCGCGCCCGAGGUGCUCCUCGACGAGUCGGGCUACUCCAAGCUGGUCGACUUCUGGUCGCUCGGAGUGCUGCUGUUUGAGAUGUGCUGCGGCUGGAGCCCGUUCUACGCAGAAGACACGCAGCAGAUGUACCGCAACAUCUGCUUUGGCAAGAUCAAGUUCCCUCGCGGCGCGAUUGGCGACGACGGCAAGCAGUUUGUCAAGGGGCUCCUCAACCGCAACCCCAAGCACCGCCUUGGUGCGCAGCGCGACGCGCAGGAUCUCAAGGAGCACCCUUUCUUCAAGGACAUUGACUUUGACGCGCUAUCCAAGAAGCAGCUCACACCUCCCUUCAAGCCGCUGGUCGAGUCUGACGAGAGCGUGGCCAACUUUGACCCCGAGUUCACCGAGACGGAUCUGCGCGAGAUGACCAUCAUCCCCGGGUUCGAGGGCAACGCUUCGGACGCGACGUCGGCGCUCAACAACGGCGUGCUGCUGGCCGACGGAAAGGCCGGUGGCGCCGGUGGCGGCGGCGGCGGCGCGGGCAAGGGCAUGGCCAUCAACAGCCAGCGCUCCGGCGGCCUGGACGACGAGGGCGAUGACGGCCCGCUGACAAAGAGCGUGCAGGACAAGUUUCGCGGGUUCAGCUACAGCGGGACGUACGAGGGAAGCACGUCGGGCAGCUUUGGCGGCCGGCGCGGCAGCGGCGGGUUCGGCCUGGCGGGCGCGAGCCUGGGAAUGAGCCGAAUGGAGGUGACGGAUGCCGCCACCCGUGCGUCCAGCACGGCUGCCGCCGACGUCGACGACGACGACGAAGACGCAUGGGACGACGACGAGACCAUGGACCGGUAG